AUGGCGGGUGGGGCAGCUCCAGCUGCAGGCAUUUAUGAUGCUGCUUUACAGCGACGACAAGCCAUGAUGGGCAAGAGUGGGCCAGCGGCUCUUAUCAAGAAUGGUCGAGUGUUCAUGAUUGCCAUGUUUGCUUGCAUUGGAGGUCUUCUUUACGGAUACAACCAAGGAGUCUUCUCUGGUGUCUUGACCAUGCAUUCAUUUGGAAGCCACAUGGGCGACUAUGUUAGCAACACGAGUAAGAAGGGAUGGUUGACAUCCAUUCUUGAACUUGGUGCUUGGUUUGGAACUCUGCUCUCUGGAUUCAUGGCAGAAACGGCCUCGAGAAAAUAUGGAAUCUUGAUUGCUACCGCGGUGUUUAUCCUCGGUGUGAUCAUCCAAACGACCGCUAUAUCAGCUGGACACAACUCUAUUCUUGCAGGCCGAUUUAUUACCGGUAUGGGCGUUGGUUCCUUGUCCAUGAUCGUCCCAAUGUACAACGCCGAAGUGGCUCCCCCAGAAGUUCGAGGCUCUCUCAUUGCACUCCAACAGCUCGCCAUUACCUUUGGUAUCAUGGUCUCCUUCUGGAUUGAUUACGGCACCAAUUACAUUGGCGGCACAGGAGCAUCCCAACACGAAGCUGCCUGGCUACUUCCAAUCUGCCUUCAACUUUUCCCCGCCGUGGUUCUCUUCGGCGGAAUCCUCUUCAUGCCCUUCUCUCCACGUUGGCUAGUUCAUCAUGGCCGAGAAGAAGAAGCCAGAAAGGUUCUCGCUAGACUCCGUGGCCUUGCCGAAGACCACGAGCUCGUCGAGCUCGAGUUCCUCGAGAUCAAGGCACAAUCGCUCUUCGAGAAACGAACCGUUGCAGAGCACUGGCCCGCCCUCCGCGGGUUGACAGCCUGGAACACUUUCAAGCUCCAAUUCGUUGCCAUUGGUUCUCUCUUCAAGACCAGGGCCAUGUUCAAGCGUGUCAUCGUCGCGACAGUAACCAUGUUCUUUCAGCAAUGGACUGGUAUCAACGCAAUCCUCUACUACGCACCCACAAUCUUCCAAAACAUCGGACUCUCAGGAAACACCAUCUCGCUCCUCGCCACCGGCGUAGUCGGCAUCGCCAUGUUCCUCGCCACCAUUCCCUCCGUCCUGUACAUCGACCGCCUGGGUCGCAAACCCAUCCUCACCAUCGGCGCAAUCGGUAUGGGCGCCUGUCACAUUAUCAUUGCCGGCAUCGUCGCCAAGUACCGCGACUCGUUUCCCGAGCAUCGGGGCGCUGGCUGGGGCGCUGUCGCGAUGGUCUGGCUCUUCGUCAUACAUUUCGGGUACUCGUGGGGUCCGUGUGCCUGGAUCAUCGUCGCGGAGAUCUGGCCUCUGUCGAAUCGCCCUUAUGGGAUCGCCCUAGGUGCCUCGUCUAACUGGAUGAACAAUUUCAUUGUCGGACAAGUCACACCGGAUAUGAUAUCUGGCAUUUCAUAUGGAACGUAUCUUAUCUUUGGUAUCCUGACGUUCAUGGGUGCGGCGUUUAUCUGGUUCUUCGUUCCUGAGACGAAGAGAUUGACGCUGGAGGAAAUGGAUGUCAUUUUCGGCUCGGAGGGUACAGCUCAAGCUGACUUUGAGAGGAUGGAGGAGAUUAAUAAGGAGAUUGGGUUGGAUGCCUUGCUUAGAAGCCAUGGGGGAACGCCCUCUGCUGGCCAUUUGGAUGAGAAGGAUCAUCAUGAUGAAAAGUUGGAUGCUUUGAAUGAGAAUCAUGAUCAUGUUGAGUAG